CUGUGGGGUAUAUACAGGGUCUGUAUGAGCCCCUCCCCCUCCUCUGUGGGGUAUAUACACGGUCUGUGUGAGCCCCUCCCCCUCCUGUGUACACGGCUCUGUACAGGUCACAUGUGGGUGUUUGCCGUCUGGCACGUGUGGCCCCUGGUCCCGGUGACUGCAGGUCGGGUCUUGUCUGGACGUGGGAGGAUGAUGGAGGUUUUAGCCGGUGUUGUUCUGGCGUUGGUUCGCUCUUCACAUUCCUGUAGACACAAUGCCGUCACUUACAGCUUGAAUUACACAGAGAGGAGACUGCGUAUCCAGACCGAGUCAUCCAGAUGGCAGCAGGUGUGAGGAGGACGCUGCAGCCCCCACAGGCCUCCUGACACAGCGAAGCCCCCCCUGACCCCCGUGGAGAUUUUGUGGAUCGGUGUCCGCUGAUCUCAGGAUGAGCAGCGCAGCUCCCUCCAAGAAGCCGUACCGCAAGGCUCCGCCGCAGCACCGUGAGGUCCGCCAUGAGCCACCCGGACUGCAUGAGGAGGUGACGGAGCAGGCGAGCAGUCAGGAUCCCGUGACCGAAGCCGACAGAAUCCACUUUUUGCAGCACCAGAAUGAUGAGCUGCGCAGGCGCUUGGCGUACACCACAACCAAAAUGGAGGCCAUGGAGCACGAGGUGGAUGCCAGUCGGCAUUAUCUAGAGGUGGAGCUUGCGCGGAAUCGGGAGGAACUGGAGAAACUCAAAGACAAGUUCCGCAGAUUACAGAACAGCUACACCGCCUCCCAGAGGACCAACCAGGACCUGGAGGAGAAGUUACAUACCCUGAUUAAGAAGGCGGAGCUGGACCGGAAGACUCUGGACUGGGAGAUUGUGGAGCUGACCAAUAAGUUGCUUGACGCCAAGACGACCAUCAACAAGCUGGAGGAGCUAAACGAGCGCUACAGGCAGGACUGUAACCUCGCCGUCCAGCUGCUGAAAUGUAACAAGUCACACUUCCGCAACCAUAAGUUUGCAGAUUUACCGUACAAACUUCAGGACAUGGUCAGUAAGCAUCUUCAGAGCUCCGCCUCCUCCCCUGGGUCUGGGCAGGACACUCCUCCUCCUGGUCUGUCACUUUCGGACGUGGUGCCCACCUCAGUCAUUGCCCGUGUACUGGAAAAGCCAGAAUCGCUUAUUCUUAACUCUGCCACGUCUAGCAGCGGCAGUGGCCCCACAGCAGAGGACGUCUUUGUGCAUGUAGAUAUGAGUGGGUGUGGUCAGCACCAGAACGGUGUCCUCCAGAAACAAGGGAGCGUAGACAGUACCACUGAAGACCCUCCAGCCUUCGAAAAACUCAGUCCCUACCCAACUCCACCACCCCCACACCCUCUUUACCCGGGACGUAAGGUCAUAGAGUUUUCUGAUGAAAAGGUGCGAAUCCCCAAAAACAGUCCACUGCCGAACUGCACCUAUGCCACGCGGCAGGCUAUCUCACUCAGCCUAGUGCAGGGUGAAGAGGGCAGCCCCGACCGGCACCGCACUGUCCCAAACAGUCCGGCAUCAUCAGGCAGCUACCCACAACGGGCACGAAGUGCUGACAAUCCGGCCCGAUCUCCUCUAAGCAGCACCGCCCCCAGCUCCGCCAGCUCAGAGGAGGACAUGCUGGCUAACUGGCAGAGGAUGUUUGUAGAAAAGGCGGCGCCCAGCUCAGAGGGGUCCUUGACGCACCGCACAUCCUUUAGUCGUGACACCGCACUGGAGCUGCAGCAGAGGUUCAGCCGCUCUAUGCAGGAACUAAGCCGUGCAGCACAAGCCUUUUCUGAGCGGGAGACCUCCGGGAGCAGCUGGAUGAGCAGCCGGGAUUCCAGCACCGAAAAGGAGAACACCGGGACUAAGAGGGGACAAAUCCCCAAUGAGUACGGCAAGGAAUUCUCCAAGGAGGAGGCCCAGGAUCUCCUGUCUGGAGCUGUGGAUGAGGAGGAUGACCUGGUGGAACCGCCGCUGCCUGAAGACAUCGAGGAGGAGGAGGAUGGAGAUCACAUUCUGGAGACUCAUGAGGAGCAGGAAGAUCUGGAGAUACUGACGGAGAAACCUCCGAGUGGUCGUCCGCACCGGAGCCCCAAACGGAUGGGUGUGCACCAUCUGCAUAGGAAGGAUAGCCUGACCAGGGCUCAGGAGCAGGGCAACCUACUGAACUAGCUGUGAGGAGCUGUGCAUCAUGGGCCGCGGCCAUCACCUUACAGUAUAUGCAGAUAACCAUCCAGACCUGCUGCCUCCUCCGCGCACAUCCAUGUCUGCAGCCAUAACAGUAGUGCACUACAAGAGAAGGGUGAAGGGGGAGAUAAUGGGGGGCAAAGAGGGUGAGAUGGUGAAGAAUCCAUACAUCACCAAUGAGCGGCCACACCCACCCACCCUCAUCCCCAUCAACAACAUGCAGCCACCCCUGUUACAGCCCGAUAUCCCCCCCCAAAUCACUCAUAACCAGCCACUCAUCCCCCCCAUCACACAUGACCAACCACACAUCCCCCAACCCCUCAUCACACAUGACCAGUCACACAUCCCCAAAC